AGACACUAGCAAUUGCUUUGCCAUCGCAUCGAUAGACGGCUGUUAGCGUGUACGCGCACGCACGACAGCGAUCGACUAGCCCUGGCACGCCGCAGUCCACGCGCGUGUGAAACUUCCGCCAGAUUUGAGCCAAGAGGAGAGCAACUAGUCCAAAGCCAAAAAUGGCCCUUCGCCACGCUAUCGCAGCGCUCCUGGCCACAGCGAUCAUCGUCGAAGGCUUCGUCCUCCCACGAACAGCCCACCACAAUGUGCACAAGGUGCUGAGGGCAACCAAGGACAAUAACCCCGAGCGCCAGCGGACGCUCGACGAGGCCAAACGGAUCCUAGCAAGGGCCGCGAACACACCCGUAGAGGCAGAUCAAGGCUUAGGAGGAGCUGUCACCGGCGCGCUCGUCGGCAGCUUUUUACUCGGGCCCCUGGGCAUGCUGAUGGGCGCGGCCGGCUCGAACGUCGGGCAAGCGGCUUCUGCCAAAAAACAGAUGGAGCAGCGGCUGGCCUCAUUGGGCGUCGACGACGAGGUCAUCCGGAACGUCGGCGAGGCUAGUCGCGACUUGGCCGAGGCCGACGAGUCUAGAGGAUAUGUCCAAAGUGCAUUAGAGUCGGCCUCUGCCUUUGCCGCAACUUUGAAACGAGACAGGGACGCGGCGCAGCAGGCCGCGGAGCGGGCCGUGAAGGACGGUGAUGAUGAUUCUGCUCGAAAAUACCUCACGGCUCGGAUAGCAUUGGACAAGCGGUGCGCGGUCGCCGAGGCCGAGGCCGUCGACGCUACCCAACGGUUGAAGCGGGCCGAGGCCGACGUCGGCGCGCUUAGAGUGAGGUGCGACGACCUGGAUUACUUGGUGGCGCGGGCUGUGGUGGCGAAGUCGCGGGGCGAGGCCGUGUCGCCGUUCCCGGGCGGCGCGGAGGACUCGCUGCUGGCGCGGUUCCGGGCGCUCGAGGAGGAGUGAUAGAUGUGUAUUUUGUUUUUUUACUUGC